AUGGCUACCGCUACAGUAUCAACUCCCCUCAAGUCCCACACGGGUCUCUUCUCCUCCCGCACCGCCGGUGGUCGCAUGCCCUUGACCCCCUCCCCUCGUCAGCGUGCCAUCCCCAUCAACCUCAACUCCUCUCCAUUCACCCCCGAGAAGUCGAGCAAUGAGCGUGGCGCUUCCAAGCCAGUCUACGGCGGCAACCUUGGUGCUCGCCUUGCCAGAGCUUCAAGCAAGAGCCAUCACCGCGACUCUCCCAAGUCCAACAUUGCCGCUGGUGUCUCGACCCCUCGCAAGGCGCUCGAGCUUGGUGUUUCCGACUUCACCUUGACUGGCACUGGUGUCCCCACCAAGGUCUCUCCCAAGGCCAGGAAGACCACGCACGUCAAGCAAAAGUCAUCCAAGACCACCAUCUCCUACAACGCCGAUCGCUUCAUUCCCAACCGGGGAGCUAGCUCGGCCAUCGCCAAUGUCGGUUCGGGAAAGCUCGACCUCCAGGAGAAGCAGCGCUCGAGAACUGGCCAUAGCGAGGCCUCUUCCAUCGUUGCCUCUGCUGCUGAUGAUGCUCUUUCUGCCCUCGAGGGUCUCAACAUUGAAGAGGAGGAAGAGGAGUCCUAUUCUCGCCCUUCGCCCAACAGCGUUGCCUAUCAAGACUCUCUUGCCGAUGCCUGUGGUGUCAACUUGAACACCCGUAUCCUUCAGUUCAAGCCUGCCCCACCAGAGUCUUCAAAGCCUAUUGAUCUUCGUCAGCAAUACAACCGGCCACUGAAGCCCGCGAAUGCCCCUCCUCAGUUCAGACGGCGCAUUGCGACAGCCCCCGAGCGUGUUCUCGAUGCCCCUGGUCUCAUUGACGACUACUACCUCAACCUGCUCGACUGGAGCUCAGGAAACCAGGUCGCCAUUGGCUUGGAGCGCAACGUAUAUGUCUGGUCGGCCGAUGAGGGUGCCGUCAGUUGUCUCCUCGAAACCACCCCCGAUACCUAUGUUAGCAGUGUCAAGUGGUCCGGUGAUGGUGCUUACGUCGGUGUCGGUCUCGGCACAGGCGAGGUUCAGAUCUGGGAUGUCGCUGAGGGUGUCAAGAUCCGCAGCAUGCACGGCCAUGAGACUCGUGUUGGCGUCAUGGGCUGGAACAAGCAUCUUUUGUCUACUGGUUCCCGCAGCGGCCUGGUCUUCAACCAUGAUGUCCGUAUCGCGGAGCACAAGGUUGCCGAGCUCGCCUCUCACACCUCUGAGGUUUGCGGCCUUGAGUGGCGCUCUGAUGGUGCCCAGCUUGCUACCGGCGGCAAUGACAAUCUUGUCUCCAUCUGGGAUGCUCGCUCUCUCGCCGUUCCCAAGUUCACCAAGACCAACCACAAGGCCGCCGUCAAGGCUCUUGCCUGGUGCCCAUGGAACAUGAACCUCCUUGCUACUGGUGGCGGCUCGUACGAUCGCCACAUCCACUUCUGGAACACCACUUCCGGUGCCCGCGUCAACAGCAUCGACACCGGCUCUCAGGUCACCAGCCUCCGGUGGAGCCCUCACUACCGCGAGAUCGUCAGCUCAAGCGGUUUCCCCGACAACUCUCUCAGCAUCUGGAGCUACCCUACCCUCGUCCGCAACGUCGAGAUUCCCGCCCACGAGAGCAGAGUCCUCCACAGCUGCCUCAGCCCUGAUGGUCAGAUGCUGGCUACCGCUGCUGCCGAUGAGAGCUUGAAGUUCUGGAAGGUGUUUGAGAAGAAGGCCGGUGCUGGUGCUGGUGUCGGAAGCUCUGGGUCGUCGGCCAAGGCUGGGCUCAGCAAGCAGAUGACGAUCCGCUAA